UGGGCUGGGAUGUGCUGGGCUGAACGUUAGAGAAGCAAAAAAAAAGAGGUCCAGCAGAGGAGGAGGAGGAGGAGAGAGAGAGAGAGAGAGGACGUGGGAGCAUCUGCUCUGGAUUUGGAGUGGAUUGGGGGGAGACAUGGGUUUUGCAGUGGCUUCCCCUAGACUUUCACCAUGACAAUCCACAGCACUGGAGCUCACACUGCCACAAUGCAGAUGGCAUGUCUGGCCAAGAUGGAGAAAGUUAUUGUAGCCAUGCAAGAUCCUGAUGCGGGCAUUAAAAUGAAAAAUCAACGACUCCUAAUUACUGUUAUUCCCCAUGCAAUGACGGGCAACGACAUUGUUGAAUGGCUUACGCAAAAGUUUUCCAUCUCCGAAGAAGAGUCCCUUCACCUUGGUAAUCUCAUAGCAAAAUAUGGCUAUAUUUAUCCCCUGAAGGACCCAAAGAAUCUCAUACUCCGGGGGGAUGAGUCUCCUUAUCGAUUUCAGACUCCUUACUUCUGGACUUCAAGUAAAUGUCCUGCCACCGAUCUGGAUUAUGCCAUUUAUUUGACAAAGAAGAACAUACGGAAACAGGGAGAGCUGGUUGGCUAUGAAAAGGAUAGUUAUAAUUUGCUCCACAAAAGGAUCAAUCAUACCUGGGAUUUUGUGGUGAUGCAAGCGAGAGAGCAGCUCAGGGCAGCUAAGCAGCGGAGGAAAGCAGACCGUAUUGUACUGGAUUGCCAGGAGCAGGCCUACUGGCUGGUGAACAGACCUCCGCCUGGAGCUUCAGACAUCAUGGAAUUUGUUUCAGAAAGGAAUAACGCCCACACAACAAGGGUCCAGUUGAACAGUGAAUUCUACAAGAGAGAGAUUGAAUAUUACAAAAAGGCAAUGAACAGAACAAGAGUUAAAUCUUCAAUCUCCCUGGAGGGAUUUGUGAAGCACAGCGAGCAGUAUCUUAUGCAUGAUCCGAUCAUGUCUGGUAGCCUUCCCAGCAAUCCCUGGAUUACAGGCGAUGCCACAUACUGGAUAUUGAAUGCUGACUUCGUGACCACCCCAACAAAGUUACGUUUGGAACGUUGGGCCUUCAUCUUCAGAGAGCUCCUGAAUGAUCCGCUUGGUCGACAGGAACUUAAACUUUAUCUGGAAAAAGAGAUCAGUGGUGAGAAUCUUAGCUUCUGGGAGGCCUGCGAAGACAUAAAAUAUGGCGAACUGUCAAAUCUUGAAGAAAAAGUGAUUGCCGUCUAUCAGCAGUUUCUAGCUCCAGGUGCCAGCAAGUGGGUGAACAUUGACAGUAAAACCAUGGAAAAGACCCUCAAUGGAUUAAAGUCCCCCGAUCGUUUCAUCUUGGAUGAUGCACAGAUGCAUAUCUAUAUGCUGAUGAAAAAAGACUGUUAUCCCCGCUAUUUAAAGUCUGAGAUGUACAAGAGUAUGCUAGUUAGAGCCAGUGUUCCCCAAGAGGCAAAGAAAAGUGUGUUUCCUUUCAUGAGGUGGCAGCGUCAUUCGAGCCCAAGCCCCGCACAGGCCUCACACCUAGCGGAGGAUGAUGGAAAAUCUAAGGCUGCAACGUCAGGGACUGUUUCACAGCUCUGCCGAUUCUCCCAUCCUUUGGCAAACCUAGGAAUGUUCACUGGACCUAAUAUCCCAGAUAAUCCCGAGGACAUACCUUCCUGGUCCCAUCCCAUCGUUCCCUCAUGUUCCCCUGGAAACCUUCCUACAGCAACCUACCCCUACUCUAGCUUCGCAAGCUCUAAGAGGUUCUCUGUUUGUUCUUCGGUUGCAUUCUCCGCAUGCUUUAAGACUAGUAGUACACUUGCACUCUCUAAAUUCAAACCUGCUUCACUAGCUAAUACAAGAGUGCAACCGUGGCAUGUUGGACUAGGUGAAAUCAGUGAAACCCGAAGACCCUCUGGAAUGUAAAAUCUUCUCGAUGGAUCCAGAAGAUGCAGAUUCCUCGGAGGACAAGGCAGCCGCACCUCAGGACAGACUGUCAGAGUAUCAGACUCAACUCUAGAGUUCGAA